AAAAAUCGAUUGUUUUCAGUUUUCUCUCCCCCGUUUCCACCUUCCGGAGUUUGUUGUAUAAUCACACCCAUAUAAUUCCGUCGUCCCUCUGUUUUUUUCUUGCGCUAUGGUUUAGUGGCUAGCAGCUAGUCGCUCGUAUAUUGUACGCAGUGAGGCGAGCGUGGAGCUGUCGUCAUCCUAUCGAUCACAACAACCUCUGGAUCCAUUUCUGCGUUGUGUGCGUGGUCGUGCACUAACAUUAUCAUUCCUUUCCAGCUUGGCAGCGCCAGCAUCACGGUGAAUACCAGCUGACGGGUGAAUAAAGACGACCAUGGCGCAAAUGCGGAAUUUUCUGGCCUCUAAGAGUCCCAGUCAAGAUCUCGUGUACACCAAUUGUGCCAUUGUUAAUGCCGCCGACUGGGAUUCCCGAGUGCAGCAUAUCCUACUACAAGCCAAUGGAAAAGACUUCAUAUUCACGAUCAGACCAGAUGCCGCUGUGAAACCCGGAGAAAUUGGUUUUGGCGAUCCUCAGAGAAAAUGGGCAUUAAUUUCCAUUGGACAGCACGUUCAUGCCCGCGCAUUUGCUUUCUAUCCCGAACAAUAUCUGGCAUCAGUAACUUUGGAAAUCGAUUUUUAUUCAAAAGCCAAAGUUACACAAGAUCCACUUGAUACGGAUAAAAUGGCAAUGGAUUUCCAGCAGCAGUUCCCCAGCCUUGCAGUGACCAAAGGACAACUGCUUGUCUUUAGCCAUGGCGGUAAACCGCCGCUACGUUUACUCGUCAAAUCUCUAGGCGUUAUCGAUCUGAACGCCGUAACCGGCAAUGACAAGCAGAAGGCAAAAUCGUCGGAGCCAGCGGACGGGAUUGGAGUGACAACACCCAAUAUCCAAGUCAAUUUCGAGAAGGCUGAGGGAGCUGUUAUUACCCUGACGGGCAAAUCGCUUGCGCGUGUUCAGCGUACGAACAUCUUGAACCCUGACUGGAACUUCGAAAAAAUGGGCAUCGGUGGGCUUGAUAAGGAAUUCUCCACCAUCUUUCGACGAGCAUUUGCUUCCCGCGUUGUACCGCCUGAUCUCAUUGAGAAAUUAGGGAUUAAACAUUGUCGCGGUAUGCUGCUGUAUGGUCCACCCGGAACCGGUAAAACUUUGAUCGCCCGCCAAAUUGGCAAAAUGCUGAAUGCCAGGGAGCCGCAGAUUGUGAGCGGACCGUCAAUUUUGGAUAAGUAUGUCGGUGAAUCGGAGGCGAACAUUCGAAAGCUCUUCGCUGCCGCUGAAGAAGAAGAGAAACGCAUGGGUCCGCACAGUCAGCUGCAUAUCAUCAUCUUCGAUGAAAUUGAUGCCAUUUGCAAAGCUCGAGGGUCUGUUGCGGGUAAUACAGCUGUCCAUGACACCAUCGUAAAUCAGUUGCUGGCUAAAAUGGAUGGUGUGGAUCAGUUGAACAAUAUUCUGGUGAUCGGCAUGACAAACAGGAAAGAUAUGAUCGAUGAGGCUCUGAUUCGACCAGGGCGCAUGGAAAUCCAGAUGGAAAUUAGCUUGCCGGACGAGUAUGGCCGAGUGCAGAUUUUAAAUAUUCACACCGCUCGUAUGCGAGAGCAGAACAAUUUAGGACCGGACGUGGAUAUUAAAGAGCUUGCGGAAAAAACAAAGAAUUUUAGCGGUGCGGAACUGGAAGGUCUGGUGCGAGCUGCCCAGUCUGUGGCAAUGAAUCGGCUAGUCAAAGUAGGCCAAAAGGCAUUGGUGGAUGAGGAUGCACUUGAUAAAUUCAAAGUCAAUCGCAACGAUUUUCUCCAUGCCUUGGAGCAUGACAUUAAACCGGCGUUUGGUCUUAACGAAGAAGUUCUGGACCGUUACAUAAAGAAUGGCAUUAUUGUGUACGACGACUCAGUGACUGCUGUUCUGGAGCUGGGCAAUCUGUACAUUCAAACCGUCAAAGCAUCCAGCCGCGAAGGCCUCAUCAGUCUGCUGCUGGAAGGCGCUCCUUCAUCCGGAAAAUCCUGCCUGGCCGCGAAAAUCUGCAAAGACUCUCAGUUCCCGUUUAUGAAAGUAUGCACGCCCCGCGAUAUGAUCGGCUUCACGGAAACGGCCAAAUGUAUGGCUAUUAAGAAAGUCUUUGACGAUGCGUACAAGUCGGAGCUAUCCUGUGUCCUAGUCGAUGAUAUCGAGGGCCUGAUUGACUAUGCUCCGAUUGGUCCGCGUUUUAGUAAUUUGGUUUUACAAGCCCUCCUGGUACUGAUGAACGAUCCUCCACCAAAGAACCACAAACUGCUGGUACUUGGGACCACCGCAUGCCGAGGCGUGUUGGAGGAGCUGCGUUUAGCGCCCAUCUUCACGCGGACAGUGCAUGUAAGCAAUAUCUCCACUGGCGAUCAGAUUGUGAAGGUGUUAGAGAAUUUGGACAUCUUCGCUGCGGAUGACUUGAAGUACAUCGGCAAACAGCUGAAGAACCAGAGAUUAUGGAUUGGAAUUAAGAAACUGCUGGCCAUGUGCAGCGCUAUGAUGCAGGUGGAGAGAGAAGAGAGAGUGGUGCGAUUUUUAAGCGAGUUAGAAGCCGAGGGCGUUUCCCGUGGACAAUAAUACGUACGCCGGUACGCGGUGUAACAGAAGGUUGUGUUUGUUGUUCUGUCGAAUGAAUGGUCUCAGGGUUUGCGAUUGCCCUUUUGUGAAUUUCUGACAUGAUCAUUCCUAAUUUUCCUAGUGAUUGUGUUUUGACAUGAUAUAAGUAGAUAUACAUUCGAGAGCCUGUAAUAGAGUGUGCACGUGACACAUUUAAUUGCUAACAAUUCUGCAUUAAAUACAACUGUAACGUUCAGAA